GCUAUUUUUUUACUUGCUAAUACUCGCACAACGCACGCGCAGAACAUCCAUCGCCCAAAAUCUCCCAGCGCCAUAUUGAGAGAGGCGGACGUUGUAUGACUUGAGUGAUUAUCGUGGUUAGUGCAAUAAAUUGAAGUGGAACAUUUGAUCGUGCCCUAUGGAUAUACAUUCGGGAGUGGUGUGCCUCGGUUGAAAGGCCUGCCGAAGGGACAGGGCUCCGCGCGUGAGGACGGAUUGCGGCCCUCCGCUCUAAGGAAACAUGGAGUGCUGCAUGUCAGAAGAAGCCAAAGAACAGAAAAGAAUCAACCAAGAGAUAGAGCGGCAACUCCGGAAAGACAAACGAGAUGCAAGAAGAGAACUCAAAUUGCUCCUGCUCGGCACUGGCGAGUCGGGAAAAUCGACAUUUAUCAAGCAAAUGCGAAUCAUCCACGGGUCGGGUUACAGCGACGAUGACAAGCGCGGUUUCAUCAAGCUCGUCUACCAGAACAUCUUUAUGGCGAUGCAGAGUAUGAUACGCGCUAUGGAUCUACUCAAAAUACAAUACGGGAAUCCGUCCAAUGUAGAAAAGGCGGAGUUGAUAUCCUCGAUCGACUUUGAAAGUGUGACAACAUUCGAGAGCCCGUACGUAGAGGCGAUCAAGGGGCUAUGGAGCGACUCCGGCAUACAGGAGUGCUACGAUCGCAGGCGGGAGUACCAGCUUACCGACUCAGCCAAAUACUAUUUAAGCGAUCUGGAACGAAUCGAAAGUGCUGACUACUUGCCCACGGAGCAGGAUAUUCUGCGCGCCCGACAGCCUACCACUGGCAUUCUUGAGUAUCCUUUCGAUCUCGAUGGGAUUAUAUUUAGGAUGGUGGACGUCGGGGGCCAAAGAUCCGAGCGAAGGAAGUGGAUCCACUGUUUUGAAAAUGUCACAUCUAUCAUAUUCUUAGUAGCUCUUAGUGAAUAUGAUCAAAUUUUAUUCGAAUCAGAAAACGAGAACCGAAUGGAAGAGUCGAAGGCGUUGUUCAAGACGAUCAUCACGUACCCAUGGUUCCAGCAUUCGUCCGUGAUUCUCUUCCUCAACAAGAAGGACUUGCUCGAAGAAAAGAUCAUGUACUCGCAUCUCGUCGACUACUUCCCUGAAUACGACGGUCCGCAGCGCGACGCAAUCACGGCGCGCGAGUUCAUUCUGCGGAUGUUCGUCGACCUCAACCCAGACGCAGAGAAAAUCAUAUACUCCCACUUCACCUGUGCGACAGAUACUGAAAACAUCCGAUUCGUGUUCGCCGCAGUUAAAGACACAAUCCUACAAUCCAACUUGAAGGAGUACAACCUCGUGUAAGCGAUUACGUGAUCCCUGACACAAAUCUGUGAUUGUGUAUAACACAUAAAUUAAACAUCAUCAUUUCACGACAGAAUGUGUAAAUUCACGAACUGAACGUCGGAUGGACGAACUUAUUCACCUUAAAAUGUUUAAUGAGAAAGUAAGGAUAGAUUGUAAGUCAUUUAACCCAAAAACUAGUAUCAGUUCGGGGUGCACGCCGCGUCGCGUCGCGUCGUCGUUCAGUCGUCAGUCGUAUCGGCCGCACUUCGUCGGAAAACAUCGUUCUCGAUCCGAUCGGAUCGCUUCACGACGCGUCAGGUUUUUUGACAUGUUUUUUUAUGAUGAAGUUAUUUACAAUUUAUGUAUGUGUCUGUAUCGGUGAAUAUUAAAUUGUGCAUUUUAAAAGUUAUGGUGAGUCCUGGCCUUACCAUGAGCUGCUUUUAGUCAUUGUUUUAGGAUUUUUGUAAAGUUUGUUGCCAUAAUAUCUUUCUAUAUUAGUAUACAUUUAUUAUGUCCAGACGUAUGGAUUUGAACAAACUAGUCCAAUGAACUUAAACGUGUUUUGUAUCAUCCUCGUGGGUCGAGAGUCAGAGAUGGACUUCCUAGUGGCCACACCGUGUGUCGAUCAUGGUGCAUCCGUGCUACUACCAUUACGUAUUUAUUAUAGUUACGAUACGACGUCUCGAGGCCCAUGGCACGAGGGUGGGGCGAGUUCAGAGCUCGCUAGGGACGCCCGAGCCCCACUGAUCCAAAUCGAUAUGACAUACAUUUUAUAUCAUUACCGUUUGUUCUGUUAGCUUGGAAAAAUUAUAAAUUUAUUGUAUUUAAAAAUUACGUUACUUUUGUACAUUGGAAUUUUGUUACUUGAAUUAUGUUAUUAUUUAAGCUGUUUAUAAUUAAAGAUGGUGUUUUUCUAAACGAAUUGACUUCACGCAAAACGUUUUACGUUAACUGUAGGCUUUGUGUACGCAGUGGUCUGGUGUAUUUGGUUUCUUCCUAAUGUUAUCUGUAUAUGAAAUUCCAUUCAGCUAGCCGUAUGUCGAGGAUAGGAAGUUAACUACGUUAGUUGUUUAAGGACAUUUUUGAUGCAUUUGAUAUAAAACUUUUUUUACUAGAAACCCGAGGGAUACAAUAAAGCGAGAAGUGACAUGUAAAAACCGCCGAAAAAAAGCCGAUGUUUUUUGCACGAAAGCUUUUCCACAUGGAUGUAAUAUAUUGUACAUUUGGGUCUAAAUGUGCUGAGUGAAUUGAGCUGACAGUCCAGUGCCAAGUUUUGCUAUUGGCAUCAUCACUAAUGAAGCAAUCGUAACGUGAAGCACAAAAAUAUUAUUCAUAAUUUUAUCAUUGUUUUCCAUAUAGAGUAUUUUAUUAUUAUGCUACAUUUAAUUUAGUUUGUUGCUUCGUGUUAUGAUUUAGUUAUUAUUAUUUUAUAUAUAGUUAGAAACAAAGUUUCUAUUUUGAGAUAAACAUACAUAACUUAUUGUACAAUUAACUUAUUCGUUGUUGUGACUUUAUUUUUCUACUUUCUGUCUGUUAGCUUUUUUCUAUUUCAUUUCUAAGCAACGGCACUGUCAAUAGCAAAACUAUAUGCUUUAAUUAAGAUACAGCUGUCUGAAAUGCUCAAAAUAAUGUGAAGUUGAAACUUAGCGCACAAUAUUGGAAAAUUACUUAUUGAUGUUACCCACUGAAGUGCAAUCUGUGUAUGCCCUGUACAUAGGAACUAAUUUUCUUUUGAGCAGUUUGUACAGCAAUAUUGUGAAGUUAGUUUGGGCCCAACACAGGCGUGCUGCGGUCUGCGCGAGCCUUGCACUCUACUCCUCCGCGUUUGUGUCUCACAAAACAAAACAAGACACAAACCCAUAAUUACUAAAAUGCUCUAAAUAAAAGGACAGCGGCGUUUUGACACGUUCAGCCGUCGUAGACGAAAAUUCAUCAAUGCACCUCAAUAUCUAUUACGUAGGACGACGCGCGUGUAAGCGUUGUAUGCAUUUAAUUGCCGUUUCCUAAAAUCGCAAAUUAUUAUAGUAAAAUCUUCCUCAAUGACCAAGUACAAAUAAAAGUCUAAUGGAUAUGAAAGUAUAUAAUUACUUAAGCACAUUCACAUCAGGGAACAUUAUAAUACUCCAAAAACACGAAUUUAUUUAACUUUUAGUAUUGAUUUUUUUGGACUUUGCUAGAUAUUUCGCGUUUAAAAUUCAUAAUGUUAAGAUGUAAAUCGCCAGCGUAUAAGAUAUUUUCAUAUCCUUUCACUUUGCUGUUUGCUGGGAGGUGUGCAAGGGAGCCAGUCUGUCGCCGCGCCUAUUUGCGCAUAAGCACCAUGGAUUCGUAUCUUCCUUACGAAUGGACUGAAAUGCGUGUACUGGUGUGUUUAUUACCUAUUUAAUUUUCAGUUGGGCGACAACUACACAAAAUAUUGCUAAAACUAUAUUAUAGUCUAACGUUGCUUUACCUUUUGCGUGAGAUUGUGAGAAUUUUAGCUUAAGUUCCGACUGAAGAUGGAUGCCUGUAUGAAAUAUUGUAAAUUAUAAUUUCUCAUAAAA